ACACGGAUGUGUGCUAUAAUCACAUACAAAAUAAGGAAAUAAGCUGGACUUUCCCAGCUAUUUCUAUUCCCUCUAACAUUCAGCAACAUGCGUCCAACAGUCUUUUCAUUUUAUUUCCUCUUAUCCGCAGUUUUCGCAUCUGCUGCAAUCGAGAAACGUGAUAGUGCUUCGCCUACAAUCACAUCCGAUUCCAGUUAUGCAACAAUCUCAGCAAUUCUAGGCUCUCUCGCCUCCGCCGUAAGCAGUGCAACACCCGCCGCAGGAGUAACACCCGUACCAGCCCAAACCGCAAAUCUCAGCAACAUCGCCGAACCACCCGCCGGCUUCAUCCCAGCCAUAAUGACAGCCAUUCCCUUAUCCGUACUCGGGGAUCUGAUCGACUCAAGUUCACGAAGUUCACUAGCAUCCGAAUUUCGAAACGGGAGUACUCCGGCCUGGUAUCAGAGUCUACCGGCUUCGAUUAAGAGUUAUAUCUCUGUGGUCAAUUCGCAGAUAAAUGCUGGCGCUUUGUCGGCGAAUACAUCUGCGCCCGUGGUGGCUACGUCGACUAGUACGGCGAUGGCAAUGCAUAGAGUUGUUGUGCCGACUGAAGUUGCGAUGGGGGCUAAUUUGUUGGGUGUUUUGGGUGUUGCUGGGUUGGCGAUGGCUCUAUGA